AUGAGGUCCAUCUCAGGCUCCCAGGAUGUGAUAGAACUUCCACGUUUUACCUUCAACCCAAAGGAAGGAAUCGAUAAUCCAGCUCUGGUCAUCACUGAUGAUCUUGAAACAGACCACAGCCUUGUAACCAAACUCUGUCAGCUGAGGCGGGUGGAGGGGCAGAACUUUGGCUUCUACCUGCAUAAGAACAUGGUCGGCCAGGGCUUUGAAGUCACAGAUGUGGAGCCAUGGAGCCCAGCUGAGCACAGCGGACUUCAAGAGGGUGACCGAGUGCUGGAGGUCAAUGAUGAAUUUGUGGUCAACACGGACUUCUUCAGGGUUGCAAGGAAAAUUCAGUCAUGUGGCUUACAUUUGUUUCUGCUGGUGCUGAGGAGAGAUGACUACGAUCAGGCAGUGUGUAUGGGUGUAGACCUUCAGAUGUUGGCUACAGCCUCCAAGGGUGGUCCUUGCUCUCGGCCCAGACUGUGUCACAUCAGCCAACACCCACACUACGGCCUGGGGAUGACUCUGAUCUCCGUGGAAGGGCAGAAAGGACAGCACAUCCUGAGUAUCGUGACUGAUGGUCCAGCAGAGAAGGCUGGAGUGACCAGUGGCGACAGACUGGUCUGGAUGAACGGGGUUGCAACGUCCACUCUCAAACACUCCUCUCUCAGCAAAUCUCUGAAGAAGAGUGCAGACCCUGCGACGGUGCUGGUCGUUGAUGGUGACAGCGAGUCUUACUAUAUUAGGAGGAAGAUGCCCAUUGUGCCUGUACUGGCAGAAAGCUGCCAGCUCCCACACUCAGCCAAGACCCUACAUUUGGUUAAAGGACCUGAUGGUUAUGGUUUCCUGCUGAGACAAGAGAAGCUGUCAGUUACACAACAAACAGUUCACUUGCUGCGAGAGGUGGAUAAGGGAAGUCCAGCCGAAGAAGCAGGGAUGCAGGAUGGAGAUCUACUACUGGCAGUCAACGGAGAACCAGUGGAGUCCAUGGAGCAUGAGGAUAUCGUCAAAAUAAUUCGGAAGAGUGGUGAUAGAGUCGGGCUAACUGCUAUAUCUAUACCAGGAAGACAAUUCUUCAGAGAGCUUGGUAUUUCUCCCUUGUUCUUUCAUGAUGAAUUUAUACACCAGGAUGAAGGCGUCCCAGGUCACACUGGGGUUCAAACCACACAGCCGAAAAGAGUGGGUGCUGCUCUCUUAUAGUGGAGCUCUGGAAGAAAUCCAUCCACGAGCCGUGAGGCGCUCAGGGUCACCAGAUAAGGAUUUUGGCAAGUUUUUAGAAAUCUUUGCACUUUUUUUUUUUAUUUUAUCAAAGUGCUGGCACUAAAUCAACUUGUGAGCCUUUGAUUUUUGAAUGUACAUUUUCACUAAUGUUGUAUUUACCUGUUUUGUCAAAUGUAAGCCUUGUAAAUUAUAACUGCAGUAU